CUUUUAGUUUGUCCUCUAGGCGCUCCCUGCUGCAGGAUGAAUUAGGAACGCAAGACCUCUUCCUCUGAACCAUGGAGACAAGGGCGUCUUUCAUCGCCACCAUGCAAGAGACCCAGCAUCUCUCCCCAGAGAAGGGUCAGAGCCCGGCCAACGGCAACAGGGAGGAGUUUGAUUCAGAUGAGGGUUCCAGCAUUGAGGACGCAGACUUCAACUGGGACGAGUUCCUGGAGGAAACAGGAGCCAGCGCUGCUCCCCACACCUCCUUCAAACACGUUGAAAUCAGCCUUCAAAGCAGUUUCCAACCAGGAAUGAAAUUAGAAGUGGCCAACAAGAGCAAUCCGGACACAUAUUGGGUGGCUACGAUCAUUACAACAUGUGGACAGCUCUUACUGCUUCGUUACUGUGGCUAUGGAGAUGACCGCAGGGCGGAUUUCUGGUGUGAUGUGAUGACAGCAGAUCUUCACCCCGUUGGCUGGUGUACACAGAAUAACAAGGUCCUGAUGCCUCCAGAUG